AUGGGUCCAGGAGGUGUCAGGGGUCAGCUGUGGACCUGCCCGGGACCAGACCGGGACCUGCUGUGGACCUGCAGUGGACCUGCUGUGGACCUGCCCUGGACCUCCUGGCCUGUUUGUCUUGUCGUCCAUUCUCCGACAACAGAAACACACAAUACUUUAGACUUCCUCCUCGUUGACCUCCCAUUGUGGCGGCGGCUGAAGAGGUGGCUGAGCUCAGUCUGCCGCUACACACACUACUACAGCCCCAAGUACUGCCACGCCAAGGUUUACUGCCCCCUCAAGCUCUACAGCCCUGGACAGCAGCGCUUUCUCCAGUGA